AUGAAAAAGAUAAUAAAAGAUGGAAUACUUGCUGAAACUGGAUCACCGUAUUUCAGCUGUUUGGCCUCUGAUAAAGCAAACAGAACCACCGGAUUCGAUAUGAUUAACAGCGGAUACAAUGCUCAGUACAAUCUCAUGGCCACAUGUGCGCUUGAAGAUGCAACUACAGUUAACGCUGGAGUAGGCCCUAUUUUCGACACUGAUUGUGAUUUGUGCGCAAAUGCAUGUUACGAAGUCAGUAAACCUGAAGAUUGCGUCGCCGUUUGCAUGGGCACUUUUCAAGAGCGGCACUGUCCAAACAAUACUCGAACAACCUAUUUGAUCAGCUACGGGGCUGAUGCUUCCAUCGGACAGGCAACAAGAAAGGGCAGAGUUUACAAAAGCCGAUACUUUGACUCCUAUCCCUUCCCAUUAACCUGUGGUGCUUAUUGCUUGUCUGAAAUUUAUAUUCCAGAAUAA